UACUGAGGGAGUGCUGCACUGUCAGAGGGUUAACAGGCGGACAAAAUGUUUCAAGGUAUCGCAGCGAAUCCUGCUGUUGGAGGUCAAGGGAAUAAACCGGAACUGUACGAGGAAGUCAAGUUAUACAAAAAUGCCAGAGAACGGGAAAAGUUUGAUAACAUGGCUGAGCUGUUUGCUGUAGUGAAGACACUUCAGGCACUGGAGAAAACCUACAUCAAGGAUUGUGUCACUCCGACUGAGUACACAGCUGCCUGCUCCCGUCUGCUGGUUCAAUACAAAGCAGCAUUUAAGCAGGUUCAGGGGUCAGAUAUCACCACCAUUGAUGAGUUCUGUAGAAAGUACAGGUUGGAUUGUCCGUUGGCGAUGGAAAGGAUUAAGGAGGAUCGUCCGAUCACAAUCAAGGAUGACAAGGGAAAUCUGAAUCGCUGCAUUGCAGAUAUUGUGUCGCUCUUCAUUACUGUCAUGGAUAAACUGCGUCUCGAGAUCCGAGCCAUGGAUGAGAUCCAGCCUGAUCUCCGGGAGCUCAUGGAGACGAUGAAUCGAAUGAGUAAUCUGCCAACGGAUUUUGAGGGAAAGGAGAGAGUCGAUCAGUGGCUACAGAAGCUCAGUGGAAUGUCAGCCUCAGAUGAAUUGGACGAUACCCAAGUGCGUCAGAUGCUGUUUGACUUGGAGUCUGCCUAUAACUCAUUCAACAGGUUUCUGCAUUCUUCAUAAAGAGCUUCUCGUGGAGUGCAGCCCUGGAAACACCCCAGUGGAUUCUCCUUUCACAUUCACACUCUGAUAGUUCCUGAGAUCCUCCAACCAUCUGAUCUUUUCAAACUACCGAGUGGAAUUCCCUCACAUACACCUCCUUCCUCUUUCUGUGAUUCCUGUUUUCCACAAGGAAUGCAAGGUGUUCAUGUCUCUCUGUCUUGGUGUAGGUAUAGUAUCGGCUGUAAGAUAGAUCUGCCAUGUUUUUUUCUGGCCUUUGUAUGAUUGCUUUGAUUUCUCUGAAUAAAAUGGAAGCUAAUUCUCA